UUAUAAAAUCAGAAAGAGUACACUUAUAUUGAUCAACUUAAGCACUGGCAUUUAAAUACUUCAAAAGACUGCUUAUAAUGAUUCGCGUGGUUAUUGCAUUAAUAAGUGUGUAUACAUGCCUCUUUUACCUAAAGAAGAAAUUUGUCUUUGGAUUGACUCACGACCAAGGGUAUACAGUAACACUCAUACCCUCAGAGGCCAUGCUUAACGAAGGGGAAAACUUGAAGGCUCGAUGUAGCAUACCUGGUCUUUCUGCAAUGGACAUUAUUUUUUAUUUUAAAAUCCGGUGGUACCACAACGAAAAGUUAUUGCCCAUCCAGUUUGGCCAAUUUAAGGAACCUGAGGUCAUGAACAAAAAGUAUGAUUGUAAUGUCAUCCAUCUACAGCAAAACAACAUCGGCUUUGAGUUAACCAUAAAAGAUGUUCAGAAAAAGGACUCUGGCAAUCUCACCUGUGAAGUAUUGAAAUAAGAGAAGCAGCAUGGUAAACUGAUAGGGGAAGAGCUAAUUGGAAAAGAAGUCGUGGUAAUCAAAGUUAGAGGUAAUUUCAAAGUUGAAUUACAUGUAACUAGCUAUUACAAAACAUGGAAAACGUUUGUUCAAGUAGUACUUUGAUUUUAUUGCAAACUAAGAUAGGAUUGCCUUUGAAUAUUUGAGCUUUUAAAAAUUCGAGAUAAAAUGAUUAUGAACAAAUAACUUUUUUCACCGCAUAUUGAAAUGCCUCAUUCUAUGCCUAUUGUCAAGUUAAUUAUAUUACAGUAAAACACGGUUAGUACGCACACAGAUAUUGCAAAUGAACGGAUAUAGCGAAGAACCUGAAUCUGCAAAUAUAUAAAUUAAAUAAAUUUGUUAUACGGUUAUAACGAAUUGACGAUAUAGCUAAGUAAUUCCAUAGGUCUUACCGACUUCAUUAUGACCUAGUUUUGCUGAUUUUUAUAACAAAGAUACAUGUAUGUGUUAUUAGUAGAAUACA